AUGGUUAGAUACGGUGUCAACUCAGCUAAUCCAGCCAAGUCUGCUUCCGCUCGCGGCUCCUACUUGAGGGUGUCGUUCAAGAACACCCGUGAGACCGCCCAGGCCAUCAACGGAUGGAACUUGGAAAAGGCCCAAAAGUACUUGGACCAAGUUCUCGACCACCAAAGAGCCAUUCCUUUCCGUCGUUUUAACUCUUCGAUCGGUCGUACUGCUCAAGGUAAAGAAUUCGGUGUCACCAAGGCCAGAUGGCCCGUCAAGUCCGUCAACUUCAUCAAGGACUUGUUGGUGAAUGCUCAAGCCAAUGCUGAGGCUAAAGGAUUGGAAGUUUCCAAAUUGAAGGUUUCUCACAUCCAGGUGAACCAGGCUCCUAAGCAAAGAAGAAGAACUUACAGAGCCCACGGUAGAAUCAAUGCCUACCAGUCAUCUCCUUGUCACAUAGAAUUGAUCUUGACUGAAGAGCAAGACAAUGUUGAGAAGGCUGAGGAGUCCAAGAAGCUCAGAUUGAACUCGAGACAAAGAGGAAGAUUGGCUACCCAAAAGCGUUUGACUGUUUAG